AUGGCUGCUCCUGCCCCUGCGGAGCCCCGGGUUAAGCCCACCAAGCCUGAUGAGGAGGCCUACAAGGCCAGCCUGGCCCAGGCCGAGAAGGAGCACACUGCUGCUCAGGAGAAAUUGAACCAAAUUAAGGCCAAGUUGGACAACGCCAAGCCCAACAACCAGGACUCUCCCGUGGCCAAGAAGCAACAGGAACUUCGCGCCGAACUCUCUUCGAUCCGCCAGAAGCAGUCGGGCUUCAAGUCCUCCCGCUCCAGCACCCUCGAGAAGAUCAAUGCCCUCGAGUCCACCCUCAAGGCCCGCAUUGCGGAGCAGAACAACUCGCGCGGCAAGAUGCCUUUCAAGAACGUGGAGGAGAUCGACCGGGAGAUCGCCCGCCUCGAGAAGCAGGUCGAUUCCGGUACCCUGCGAUUGGUCGAUGAGCGCAAGGCUCUCUCGGACAUUUCCAACUACCGCAAGCAGCGCAAGGGUUUCGCUGGUCUCGAAGAGGCCCAGAAGGGCAUCAAUGAUAUCAAGGCCCAAAUUGCGGAACUCAAGAAGACCCUGGAUAACCCCGAGGCCAAGGCCCUGAGCGACAAGUACUCCGAGAUCCAAAAGGAGCUGGAUGCGAUCAAGGCCGAGCAGGACGGUGUUUACAAGAACCUGAACUCCCUGCGUGACGAGCGCACCAAGCUGCGCAACGACCAGCAGCAGAAGUACGCCGCUAUCCGCGAGAUCAAGGACAACUACUUCAAGGCUCGCCGUGCCUACAAGGAGUACGAGGACGAGGCCUGGCGCGUUCGCCGUGAGCGCCAAAAGGCUGAGCGCGAUGCCUUUGAGCGCGAGAAGCGCAAGAAGGUCGCCGACAAGAAGCUCGAGGAGGCUUCUCAGCUCGCCUACACCGACGAGAUUCUUACUGCCCAGGGUCUCAUCCGCCACUUCGACCCCGCCUAUGACUUCUCCGCUCUUGGUCUUGACGACAAGAAGGAUGAGGGCAGCAACUUCCGUGCCAACGUUGGCCGUACCGUUGAUGACUCCGGUCUCAAGGGCAUGAAGGUGGUUCGCAAGGACGAUGUUGAGGAUUACUUCGUCGGCUCUGCCGGUAAGAAGGGCAAGAAGGGCAAGAAGGGUGGUGCCGCGGGCGCCGAGGCAAGCAAGUUCAACAUGAAUGUCGGUAUCAUUGAGGACUUUGCCAAGGUCAAGAUCGACCCUCCCAUGAACCAGUCCGAUGUCCCUGCCGCUGUUGAGAAGUUGGCCGCCAAGAUUACUGAGUGGAAGAAGAACCAGGCGAGCAAGACUGAGGAGAACAUCCAAAAGGCCAAGGAGGAGAUUGCCCGCCUCGAGGAGGAAGAGGCUACCGCCACCGAGACCAACGGCCGCAGCACCGACGCUGCAAAGAAGCCCGCUCAGGCGAACGGUCUCCCCACUGCCGAGGCCGAGCUGGCUCAGGAGAAGGACGCUGCUGCUGAUGCGGCGGAGGAGCUGAAGAAGGCUUCCCUUGAGGACAAGGAAUAA